AAUUAACUGACUUGAAGCAGAGUAAGGCAAAUCCAAGCAGCUUAUUUCUAUGGGAGCUUUGAAGAUGUGGACACCUCAUCUUGAUCAGAUUAUCGGGAAAGCCAGCGGCAUAUAAAUUAGCCUUAAAAUAAUAAGUGGCUCUUGACAGAUUAUGAUGCCUGAAGGCAGAGGAAGAAGAGUUUUGGAAGGCAGGGGAAAUGUUGCAAACAGAUGGAGAGUAUGCCCAAAGAAGUGAAACAUUGAGUGCAUUAGGACAUAAAACAUAAUAAUUGUUACUUAUGGCACAAAGUGGCAUUCACGUACCUUAUUCAUAACUCGGUUCCGUGCAAAACUUAUGGAUGAUUAUAGAAGGCCCAUUACAAUUCCGUGACAUUUUUAAGUGUCCCUCUUAAACUCAGACACAGAACUUAUGUUCUACUGGUUUCUAAUUGUGUUUCUCUUUUCUGUCUCUCCUUUGUCAAGGUCCAUCAUGAAUGAGAAAUGGGACUCGAACUCUUCAGAAAACUGGCUUCCCAUCUGGAGUGUCAAUGACACAAAGUAUCAUCUGUACUCAGAAAUUAAUGUCACCUACGUGAACUACUACCUGCACCAGCCCCAAGUGGCAGCAAUCUUCAUUGUUUCCUACUUACUGAUCUUCUUCUUGUGCAUAGUGGGCAAUACCUUGGUUUGCUUUAUUGUAAUGAAGAACAAACAUAUGCACACAGUCACGAAUCUCUUCAUUUUAAACCUGGCCAUCAGUGACUUACUAGUUGGCAUAUUCUGCAUGCCCAUAACACUGCUGGACAACAUCAUAGCAGGAUGGCCAUUUGGAAACACGAUGUGCAAGACCAGUGGGCUGGUCCAGGGCAUAUCAGUCGCAGCCUCAGUCUUUACUUUAGUUGCAAUAGCUGUGGACAGGUUCCGGUGUGUCGUCCACCCUUUUAAAUCGAAGCUCACUGUCAAGACGGCCCUGGUGGUCAUCGCGACCAUCUGGGGCCUGGCCGUGGCCGUCAUGGCUCCGUCCGCAGUCAUGCUGCACGUGCAGGAAGAGAAGCACUACCGAGUGAGGCUCGGCCCCCCGAACAAAAGCAGCCCAGUCUACUGGUGUCGCGAGGACUGGCCGACCCUGGGGAUGAGGAAGGUCUACACCACCGUGCUGUUCGCCAGCGUCUACCUGGCGCCCCUGGCCCUCAUCGUCGCCCUGUACGGGAGGGUCGGGGUCUCGCUGUUGAGGACCGCCGCGCCCAAGCGGCGGCAGAGGGCGGCGAGGAUGCUCCUGGCCGUGGCCCUGCUCUUCGCGCUGUCCUGGCUGCCCCUGUGGACGCUGCUGCUGCUGUCGGAGCACGCGCGCCUCCCCGCGCACCUGCUGCGCGCGCUCAACACCUACGCCUACCCGCUGGCGCACUGGCUGGCCUUCGGGAACAGCAGCGUCAACCCCGUGGUCUACGGGCUCUUCAACGAGAACUUCCGCCGCGGCUUCCGGGAAGCCUUCCAGCUCCGGCUCUGCAAAAGGCAAAGGCAAAAGGCAAAGCCCCCGGAAGCCUAUGUCUUAAAAGCUAAAAACAAAGCGGUCGUAAGCUCAUCGGCUCAGCGCGCCCAGGAGCCUGCAUUCCAGAACCCACAGGGGGAAAAUUUGCUUUACAGGAAAAGCAUUGAAAAACCCAGCCAGGAAUUAGUAAUGGAAGAAUCGAGAGAGGCUACCAACAACAGUGGGAUUUAGCAAAAGCUAGUGGGAUAGUCCUGAUUCUACUGUGGGUUAUGUAUUUAAAUACUGAGGCUUUGUCUUUUAAUUAUUUCUGAAAAUGUUCCAAAGAAAACAUUUAUAGAAAGCUCUC